AUGGACAAUAUAUUGGUACAAUAUAAAUUUUUUAUCGGCAACUAAAAUGUAAAAUAAGUAAAUUAAGUUUUUUUUGUAGCGUUAUUAUUUAUUAUCGUCGGUUUCCGCGUGUCACAUUUAAACCAAACGAUCGAUCAAACACAUAUAAUAAUAUAUACUUAUAUACUACAUAAUAAAAUAAAUAAUAUGUACAACAUCUCUUCGUAUCGGUUAAGGAAACGUUUUUACGAUAAUAACACGUAAUUGAUUGUAAAUGGCUUUGCAAAGACAAGAUAUAACAUACAUAAUAUUACAUAUAAGCUGUGUCCACUAUGAGUACCUAUUCAAAUAGGCUAGGCCAUCCAUGCACAAGAAGUCGUAGUUCUGAGAACAGUACAUAGCGCACAGUACUCAGCUAUUAUACAGCGAAUCGUGUUACAAUUAUUGGUACAGUUUGACGAACUUUUGAAGUGUCUUAGAACUUUCAAAGUUAUCAUGAUUUUUCAGUUGAUAAUGCUGACGACCACGUUAUUAUUAGAACAAGUAAAAUGCAGAACUUAUAUACCGGAAAAAUAUUCUGUAAAUGAUAAUCCGAUUCGUCAACAGACGUAUCAACGUACGUACGAUCCUACAGAACAGCAGCGACGAAAAGUGUACGUCGACAAACGCCAAUACCCAAACGAAUGGAAUGAAAAUAUUAUGAAAGGCGAUCGUUCACCAAUAAUAUUCACAAACAAUGCGCCAGUAACAAUUAAUUACAAAGGGGGACGCGGUGGUUUGGAACAAUCUCUAUACGGAUUUAGAAAAUCUUGUCCAAUCGUACUGACGCCUCAAGGCGAAAUCACAGUGAACUACGAUGGUCUGCAGGACGAUGAUGAUGUACCGCCCAACAACCAAGACAUCUGCAUGGUGUUGACCAAAAUCAUGGUCGAGCUACCGAGUGGUAUAGUUAUGCCGUACUUAAAAUUCAAGACCAUCAGUCCUUAUCUGUCAGAAGACCAAAAAUCCGAUAUCCGAAUCAUACUCGACCACAAAAACAUGACGUACAAACAGUUCCAAGAAACGUUGCGGUAUUACGGUUGCGGUGAUCUAGAGGACUCGUCGCAACCGUCGGGGGUUGACUUGACCAACUACGUCACGCUAGCCAACGGUACGCAAGUGGAAAUUGACGACUACCGGAACAUAGUGAGCAGCAUAACUUCCGGUUCGGAAACGCUGUUGGUGCCCAACGUCGUUAACGGAAAGUAUUCGUUAUACCGUUCGCUCAUAGCGGACGAUUUACCGGAAAUGAUACCAUCGACAUUCGUCAUCACGCACGCGGGGAUCGUAGUGCCGUUUUCGUUGUAUUACGCUGUGGACACGGAACAUUUCCAAAGGCCGACGACAGCUGUUGUGCCAAGGGUUCGGCAGAUCAAAUGGCGCGACGGUAAACUGGUGGACGUACAGACCAUACGACAAGUGAUCGACGCCCUGAAGACACCGACAAUGAUAAUUUUCGUGUUUCCGAACGGGAAACGCAUGCCGUUCGUCAAGAGUGACGUAAAUGAGUCAACGGAAUUAUACGACUACGAUCCCGAAAAAGUAGUGGUGGACGUGGGCCAGUCCAAAAAUAUUCUGUUGUCGCAUUUCAACGAUAUCGUUUUUGCAGUGCAUAUUCACGACGACAGAAGCGACGGUAAGUACAAACGGUUUAAUCCGCCCGUGUUCGGUUGGGAUCCAAAGUGUAUGAAUAGUGCUACUAGCACACAACCGGAUGGGAAAGUCUGCUGUGACAAAUCGAAUAAGGUCGACGACGGGUGCUAUUCCGGAUAUUCGAUUCACGCGAUAAAUAAAGACAAACGGCGGACAGACGAUAAGCCGUCCGAUAAGCAACUCACCGUUUUCGGUCCCAUUUCGGCGAUGGAAAAAACGACAGGCUUGGAUUCGAACGACAGUAUACGAAUAAUACUAACCAGUUCGUCGGGGACACAUGAAAUAAAAAUUACAAAUGUACUCGACAAUAAAAAACCUUUGAUAUACGACAUAAACGACAAGCCGGCCAAUGUACGAGAUUUAGCAAAUAUCAUAUCGCAAAACGAAUGUGAUUAUUCACCAAUUCUAAUAAAUAAAAUGAAUAUCUCUAAUAUGAUAAACACUACAAAUUUGCCGAGUAAUAAUUGCACCAAUAAUUUAAAAACUUAUUUCGAAUGUGAUUGCAAACCAAUUUUUAAAAAUAAUGAAACAAACAGUAUGAUUGACGUUAAAAAUACGCCGGAUUUAAAGAACACUUCGAAUUUGAAUGAAUCGACAAAAAAUCAAACUAUUACUGAAUGUAACAAAAACCCUACCACAAAUAACAACAAAAAUCAAACAGAAACUGUAAUUAUAACCACGGUUACCCAGAACAACACGGAACUUACGAAUACUACUACCAAUCCUAAUGCAUGUGGAAAAAUUAACAACACAACUAUUGAAAAUGAAAAUAACGCUACUAUAACCUCAGAUUGUACAGAAAAUCAUACAAAUAAUCAACAAAACGAUUGUAGUCCAGUAAUUGGAGACAAUGAAAUACCUAUAACAAAAAACACCGACAAAAACCAAACCGAAAUUAAAAAUACAACAGUAAUUACACAAACCCCUACAGAAAAUGCGGUUUGUUCAAAUAAUACUAAUACAGAUAAAAACAAUACUGUCACUACAGAAAUUAGAAACAACACUACUAUUAAUUCAAACAAUCAUCAAAAUAGUUCUGAUCCAAUUACUGGAUACAAUGAAGUACCUACAGUAAAUGACUGCAAUCAAAACCAAACAGAAACUAAAAACACAACAAUAAAUCCAGACUAUACGAAAAAUACGACUAGUUCAAAUACUACUAACACAGGCAAGACAUGCGAACCUAGUACAAUUAACGACGGUACCGGAACUACGGAAACCGGAAAUAACACUUCUCCUAAUCCAAAAAAUAAUCAAAAUAGUUCUAAUCCAGUUAUUGAAAAUAAUACAAUACCUAUAACUAAAGAUGACAAUAACCAAACUGAAACUAAAAACACGACAACUGUGAAUAAUGCACCAAAUAUUACUGCAAAUGUGACUGGUUCGAAUGAUACUAAUACGGACGAAAAAUAUAAACCUAAUAAUACUAACAGCGAUACCGGAACUCCGGAAACUAUUAAUAACACUACUUCUAAUCCAAAAAAUAAUCAAAAUAGUUCUAAUCCAGUUAUUGAAAGUAAUACAAUACCAAUAACUAAAGAUGACAAUAACCAAACUGAAACUAAAAACACGACAACUGUGAAUAAUGCACCAAAUAUUACUGCAAAUAUGACUGGUUUGAAUAAUAUUGAUACGGACGAAAAAUAUGAACCCGACCGCACUGACCACGAUACCGUAACUACGGGAAUUAGAGACGAAAUUAUUACUGAUCCGAACCAUACUGAAGUAGCAACUGAAAAUGCUCAAGACGGAUAUAAUCCAGUGAUUGAAACUGACGAAACACCAGUAACCAAUACCAACGAUUAUCAAAGUCCAACAGAAACUAUAAAUAAAACAGCAAGUGCGCCAAAUUAUAGGGAAAAUACAAAUUCGGCAAACUCGAGUGGAACAGACGAUGAUACUUAUACCGGAAGUAACGAAGCUCCCAGCGUCAUCAAUACCGCGGAAACGAUUAUACAUACUCCAGAAACGACAAUAGCAUCCGACGCAGACGACGUCGGACCAACGGAAAAUCCUGACACGAUUCCCGAAACGAAUACCGGAAUCAACGAUGAUGAGUCAGCUGAGGUGUACAACAUUACGACGACUGGGGUGGCGGAACCAACUCAAUCCACUCCGGUAUAUACCGAAACCAUUAAAACUCCGAAUAACGGUUCCGUGACGAAUAAUGCUACUAAAAUCGUAAACAUCAUCGUGUACUAAAUCCCCGACGAUGCGAAUAAUACAAAUAACUACGAAUUUACUAAUACACCGACCGUCACGAUCUGUUAUUAGUUUUUAAUUUUAUUUCGUUACAGUUCAAUUUUUAAUAUUGUUUAUUUUUUUUUACUAUUUUAUAAAUUUAGACCCUAACCCCGUUGUUCGUUGUCAAAAUCUCUAAAUCCUGACGUAAUAUACUGAAAUUUGUUCUCCCCGUUCAAGGUUCACAUAUUUCACUCGCAAUAAUAACGGAAUUCCUGUUUUCUGUGUGCAAUAAUUAAAUUAUACAAUUCCACGUUUAAUCUUAAAUGCAGUAUAAUAUAGAAAAAUAGUACUUAAUUAUUAUUAGUAUAGGACAUAGGUAUAAGUAAUAUAAAUAUUAAAUAUGCAUAAUUACUAAAUUACGUAAUAAUAUUUUAUGAUUAGAUAAUUAAA